UUCAUUCAAUCAUGGACUACAAGCAACUCUCAGUUGUGCUUUUACUUGUCUUUCUCUGUCACGAACUUGUUUUCUCUUCUUCCAUAUUACCUCAUUUGUGUCCCAAACAUCAAAGUACUGCCCUUCUAAAAUUCAAGCAGACGUUUACGAUAGAUACAUUUGAUAUGUGUGGACUUAUGCUUGGCCAAGAGUCUUAUCCAAAGACGAGUUCAUGGAACUUAAGUGGAGAUUGUUGUUUAUGGGAUGGAGUGAAGUGUGACGAGAUGAGUGGUCAUGUCAUUGAACUUGACCUCGGUUGCAGCCUACUUGUUGGGGUGAUUGACUCCAAUAGCAGCCUAUUCCCACUCUCUCAUCUCCAAAGACUCAACCUUUCUAUGAAUAACUUUGACGGUUCUCAAAUCUCACCUAAAUUUGGCAUGUUUUCAAGCAUGACUCAUCUUGAUCUUUCCCGCUCAUAUUUCUCAGGUCAAAUUCCUUCUGAAACCUCUCAUCUUUCAAAGUUACAUUCUCUUUUUCUCUCCACUUUUUAUCUCGAUAAGCUAAGACUUGCAAGUCAUGAUUUUAAAUCACUCCUUCGAAAUUUGACUCAGUUAAGAGAGCUUAAUCUUAGAUUCAUAAACAUCUCUUCCACCAUCCCUCUGAUUUUUUCUUCUCAUUUAACAACUUUGAGGUUGGGAUGGACAGGAUUGUACGGGAUAAUACCUGAGAGUAUUUUUCACUUGCCCAACUUGGAAAGACUUGAUUUACACCACAAUGAUCAGCUCAACGGUUACUUCCCAAAGACCAAAUGGAAUAGUAGUGCAUCUCUCGUAGAGUUAGGUCUUACUGACGUGAAUUCUUCUGAUACUUUACCCGAGUCUCUUGGCUAAUUAACUUUGUUGCAGUCUUUGACUCUUCAAAAUUGCAACCUUAGAGGGCCUAUU